AUGGACUUUUACAUGAAGAAAUCUCGUUUGAGUAUAUUUAGCAUACAGAGAGAUGCAACAAUUCCGCAUGGCAAUCAAGUGAAUUUAGUUUUAGUGGGAAUCACUGGGAGUGGAAAAAGUGCAACGGGAAAUAGUCUACUGGGCAGAAAGGCUUUUCAGAGUAAGCUGAGCCAGAAAGCAGUGACAGAGAGAGUACAGUGGAAUAGAAGAGUUGCUGAUCGUGAGACUCUUAUAAUCGAUACACCUGGGUUAUUUGAUAAUCGCUCAAAGUUCCUGCAUGAACAUACAUUGUACGAAAUAUGUAAAUGUAUUGAUAUAGCUAAAAGCCAAACUGGGCAGGGUAUACAUGCAAUUCUUUUGACAAUUAAUUCAAAUAGUCGAAUAACGAAGGAAAGUGAACAAGCCAUUGAGAUUCUUCACAGAUUAUUUGGUAGCACUUUCACCAACUUUCUUAUUAUCGUCUUUACUAGAGGAGAUGUGCUAGAAAAAGACAAAUUAACUCUGGAACAAUUUCUUUGUAGCGUACCAUCUUGCUUCAAGACACUGCUCAAAGAGUGUAACAAUCGAUGUAUUGUUUUCAACAACAGAACAAAAAAUGGACAAACUAAUCAGCGACAGUUCUCAAAACUUUUGAAUAUUAUUGAUGACAUGACUGAAGUUAAUGGCAAUCAAACUUUGUUAGAGGAUAUCAGUGGAAAUGUAGAGAUCAUUAUCAAAGAAAUAGGCAACGACAAUCAUAAUAUUCUGUACACAGGACUUACUGAGGAUAUACUAGACUCAUUGGAGGAAGCAAACAAAUACAGCAUUUGUAGAGAUACAUCACCUUGA